AAACACUUCUUUCACUGCAAGCUCUUAAACGAAUUCUUAUUCUGAUGGUGGAUUGCUGCACUUAUUUGGUUAAUUAGCUUGAAAAAUCGGGACACCUGAAUCAUGAAACAGGACAUUGAUCUUGAAGUGGAAGCCUCAGCAGAAUAUGAAUCUGAAGCUAGCAGCCAGGUUGCUUCCAAUAUAUUUAUUCAAGAAACCUCUGCAGGUCCUUGUAGCGACAGCCUCACUAACUCUUCCACUGUCACAAAUCCAACAGACCUUCAUCCUCAUUCAGAUGCUAUCUCACUUGACUUAACUCUUAACUUCAACAACAAAGACUUAGUGGUUAGAGAUUCCACAGGACUCUCAUUCUCAAGCACUAGUGAGAGCAGCAAUGAGCCUCCCUCUCAAACUACUUCAGCAACCAACCCAAGAGUUUUCUCUUGCAAUUACUGUAAGCGAAAAUUUUUUAGCUCACAGGCACUUGGUGGCCACCAAAAUGCACACAAAAGAGAAAGAACAUUAGCAAAGCGCGCAAUGAGGAUGGGAUUUUUCUCUGAGAGGUAUGCAAGUCUUGCAUCUCUCCCUCUUCAUGGUUCUUUCAGGUCUUUAGGGAUAAAGGCACACUCUUCACUGCACCACGGUUUUUCAUCACCAAUGAGGUCUCCUGAAGUGAAAAGUAAUGCAAGAUUUGAGCAAGGAUAUAUCGGUCUUCCGAUAUUCUUGGAGGAUGAUGAGCCAGAACUGUUGUGGCAAGGUAGUUUCCGCCAGGUUACUACUGAGGGAACUCAUAGUCAUCAGAAUUUCAUACUGAGUGGAAGUUCAAAUAUGAGUUUUACUGGGGUGAAUCCACCACUUGACGCAGAGAAUUCAACACCUGAGUUAACGUUGAAACUUUGAAGCUUCUACUUGUCUGGUUUAUUGUUAUAUUUUUGUACAGCAAGACAUGCAUUUAAGGGCUAUGAUGCCAGAUUGAUCAUCAUUAUAUGAUACUUGCUGGCUCUCCUGUAACUUUCUUCUUCAGUUUUCUCUUACAAAUAU